CUUUAUUCAGUUAAACAAUGUUCUGCGCGCACUGUUUUUAACCCAUAAUGGUACAGUCUCCGUGUCUGCUGCUGUUCGCUGUGUGAUUUUUUCACUUAACCUGCAGCCAUGAGCAUGCUCAGGCUUCAGAAGAGGUUGGCGUCCAGCGUCUUGCGCUGUGGCAAAAAGAAAGUAUGGCUGGACCCAAACGAGACCAAUGAAAUUGCUAACGCAAACUCACGACAGCAGAUUCGUAAACUGGUGAAGGAUGGUCUGAUCAUUAAGAAGCCUGUAACAGUUCACUCCCGUGCGCGCUGUCGCAAAAACACGCUGGCACGGAGGAAGGGCCGUCACAUGGGCAUCGGUAAGAGGAAGGGUACUGCAAAUGCUCGCAUGCCAGAAAAGCUGUGCUGGAUGAGACGGAUGCGAAUCCUGCGCAGACUGCUGAGGCGAUACCGAGAGGGCAAGAAGAUUGACAGGCACAUGUACCACACACUGUAUCUGAAAGCAAAGGGAAAUGUGUUUAAGAACAAGCGCAUCUUGAUGGAACAUAUUCACAAGCUCAAAGCAGACAAGGCUCGCAAGAAGCUCUUAGCUGACCAAGCGGAAGCUCGCCGCUCAAAGACAAGAGAGGCUCGCAAACGCAGAGAAGAAAGACUGCAAGCCAAGAAAGAAGAGAUCAUCAAGAACCUGUCCAAAGAAGAUGAAACCAAGAAAUAAGCUUUUGCUUUUGUGUUUUGUGAGCUCUUCUCCGUUCCUCUGCUGUCUCAUCUGUUCAAUAAAGUGAUUAAAAUAGU